AUGUCAAAUAAACAUUUUUUACCACAAGAUCCAAAUAAAUUGGUUCCAAAUUGCUUGAAAGCUUUAACUUAUGAAUAUCCAUUUUUAUCAAUAUUGGAAAAAGAACGUGUUGUUUUCAAUAAUCAAUUUGAUAGUUCAAAAGUUUCAUUAAUUAGUGGUGGUGGUUCAGGUCAUGAACCUGGUUUCUAUGGAUUAGUUGGUCCUGGUAUGAUUUCAGCUGUUGCUCAUGGUGAAGUAUUUGCAUCUCCAAAUUAUAGAAAUGUUAAAGCUGCUGAAAAAAUUACUCAUGAAUUGAAAGGAUCAUCAACAUCAUGGGGUGGUUGUAUCUUUAUUCUAACAAAUUAUACUGGUGAUAAUUUAUAUUUUGGUAUGGCUGCACAAGAUUUGAUUGCAAAAUAUGGAUCUGAUAAAAUUAAAAUCUUGAGAGUUACUGAUGAUGUUGCAGUUCCAAGAACUUCAGGUGCACUUGUUGGACGUCGUACUUUAGCUGGAAUUACAAUUGUUUCCAAAUUAACUGGUGCUGCUUCUGAAUUGAACUAUGGAAUCAAUGAAAUUUUUGAAUUUGGUCAAUCUGUGAUUGAUUCAAUUGCUUCAAUUAAUGCUGGAUUAGAUCAUGUUCAUAUUUCUGGUCAUAAAUCAAAUGAAGAUUUUGGAAAAUUGAAACCAAAUGAAUUAGAAAUUGGUUUAGGUAUUCAUAAUGAACCUGGUGUUUUAAAAUUAGAUCAUAUACCAUCAAAUGAAGAUCUUGUUGAUAAAUUAUUAAAAAUGAUUUUAGAUAAAGAUGAUAAAGAACGUGGUUUCUUCAAUUAUUCUCCAAAUGAUAAAAUUGUUUUAUUGAUUAAUAAUUUAGGUGGUGUUCCAAUUAUUGAAGAAAAAAACAUAUUAUUCACUUCAUUACAAAUUUUGAAACAAAAAUAUAAUAUAAUACCUUCAAGAGUUUAUACUGGGAAUUUUAUUACAUCUUUUAAUGCUCAAAUUUUCACAAUUUCAUUAUUCAAUGUUACAACUGCAGUUACUAAAACUUUUGAUUUAGAACAAAUUUUCAAAUUUUUAGAUCUUAAAACAGAAGCUGUUUGUUGGAGUAAUGUCAAUUAUAAUCAUGGAAUUGAUUCAAUUUCAAAUGAUUCUCAAAUUAUAACCAAUUUUGAACAUUAUGAUGAAUAUGAUAAUAAAAAAACAUCAAUUGAAUCAGCCAAAAAUUUCCAAAUUGAUCCAAUCAAGCUUCAAAACAUUGCAUCAAUUGCAGCUCAAAGAGUUGUUGAUAAAGAACCAGAUUUAACUAAAUGGGAUACCUUAAUGGGUGAUGGUGAUUGUGGAUUUGGUUUGAAAUUGGGUGCUGAAUUAUUUUUAGAAAAAUUGAAUAAAGAUGGCAUUGCUAAAGAUGGAUCAUUAUUAAAAGUUUUAAAUGUUUUAUUGACCAUUAUAAAAGAUGAUAUGGGUGGUACUCUUGGUGCAAUUUUAUUCAUUUUUUUGAAAGCUGUGAUUAACAACGUUGAACUUUUAAUUGAAAAUAACUCAAACAUAACACCAAUUGAAGCUUUUAGUAAAUCUUUUAAAGUUGGAUUAGAAACAUUAUAUGAUUAUACAAAAGCAAGAGUUGGUCAUAGAACGGUUAUGGAUGUUUUAAUUCCAUUUGUGGAAUCAUUUGCUAAAGAUCAAGAUAUUUUAAAAUCUGUUGAAAUUGCCCAUGAUGCUGCUGAAAAUACUAAAAAUUUGAAACCAAAACUAGGAAGAGCAACUUAUGUUGGAAAUGUUGAUGGUGAUUCAAUUUUACCACCUGAUCCUGGUGCAUAUGGUAUUUAUGAAGCUAUUAGUGCUUUAAGUUUAUCUGUAAAAUAG